AUGGCUCAUAAGCCCAGUGUCUUAUUUGUCUGCGUCCACAACGCGGGACGCUCGCAGAUGGCCGCCGGCUUUCUUUGUCAUCUCGCAGGUGACACCGUUGAAGUUCGCUCUGCCGGAUCGACCCCAGCCGACUCUAUCAACCCCGCCGUCAUCGAAGCCAUGCGUGAAGAAGGGAUCGACCUUCGCAGCCAAACCCCCAAAAUCCUAACUGCCGAUGCCGUACAAGCCAGCGACGUUGUCAUUACCAUGGGCUGUGGGGAUGCUUGUCCCUUCUUCCCGGGCAAACGCUAUCUCGACUGGCGGCUUGACGAUCCCGCCGGGCAAGGACUUGAUGCUGUGAGGGCUAUUCGGAACGAGAUCCGUCAUCGAGUUGAGAAACUUCUCGCUGAGCUC